AUGUGCACAGAAAACAGAGUAUCUGGCUAUUCUGGCAAUCAUUUAUCAACAGUGCGACCAAAGAAUUCUGCCAUCCUCGAUCUUGACAAUGGAAAGUUUAUCCCCAGCAAAGAAGAACACAUGCUGCAGAGACAAGAUUAUUCUACUAUUGUGUCACAAAUUAUUGUGAGGAACAUUGUUUGCCUACACUUUCUAAGUCAGUGUGCUCCACAGCAUAUCAAGCACCAGUAUCAAUCAGAAUUGACGAAGAAAACAGAAACAGUAAGCUUACCUUUCCAAAUGUAUUAUUUAAUUUAUUCAAACUGAUUAUCUUGAGUAAGCAGGCAAGACUAAAAAUGACUUGACCCACUGUGAAUUUUUUUCAAUUUCCCCUGAUUACUGGGAAUGAAAAUUUUGGAAAACAGUACUACCAUACAUGCCAACUCAAAUGAUUCCUUUGGUGUUCAAAACAAUCAGAAAAUUGGAUCAUCUUAACUUCAUUAUACAUUUAACCCCUUAGUGUGGCUCAAUGCACAAUACUUUAAUAUUUAACUCUGUCUAAUGUCAGAUGAUUUUAUAUUUGACAAUUGGAAAGUGCUGGUACACAGUGGAUUAAUCAUACUAUCUUAUAACAUUGUAAAGUGAUUUAGGUUUCAAAUGCCACUCAAUUUAAAUCAUAGACAAUCCAGAAGACAUGUUUCAUGUUUAAUUUUCCUAUUUGAACCUAUUUUAAGUUAACUUGGGCAUCUAUGAUAAAUCAUUACAGAUAAUCUGAAUAUCCUGAAUUCUGAAUAAAAUUUCCAUUUUAUUGGCAAGAAUUACGAGAAAAGAUUUACAAACAGACGGAAAAAAAAAGUGUAUUAUUAUUGCACUAAUUAUUGUACAAAAUACAAACAGCAAAAUUUGCUUGUGAACGCAUUUUUAAGCCGGUUUAGUGAAAUUUGUUGUGCGAAUCUUUUUUAUUAUAAGCUUUCUGGAUUUUUAACAAAUUCAUUUCAAUUUUGACAAUAAAAAAUUCACCGGUCAUGCAUGUCCGGUAAGAGACAGUAUUUGCCGGUCAAAAUGAAAAAAACUACCGGACAAUGACCGGUGACCGGCACUUAUUUCGAGGCCUGACUGUAACACUUGCAUAUUCUUUGAAUUUUGUUGUUUUAGGUUGCAUUCGACUAUUUCUACCAUCCAGGUGCUACCUCUGAUCAAUGUACCCUGUUUUCAGACCGGAAUUUGAUCAACAGAAAUGUGGUUGAAGAAGUCAAGAAUAAGUUUAGUGCCUGCAAACAAUUCUUCAACGUGGAGAUUGAGGCAAGAAUCGUUGCAACCUGCAGCAUUAAAUAUCUUAGAGAUAAAUACUAUUGA